AUGGCGGCGACUUCAGCUACGGUACUUCGACCACAAGACAACAUUGUGAUAGCGACCAAUCUGACCCUAUCGAUUCGCCAGAACGCAAACGACGACCCUAACGUUGGUAGCGCACAGCAUGCCUCAUCUUCUGCUACUGGUCUCCUUUCUACUCUGGCCCCAGUCGCUCUGAUAGCAUUGGUGUGGUUUACACUGUUUUUAAUCUUCAGAAAAUGGUUCCCGCGAAACUAUCGCCCAAGAACAUUCCUGGGCAGUAUACAGGAGCGCGAACGAUCGCCUGCGCUCCCAGAUGGCCUCUUUGGAUGGUUCGGCAACUUCUUCAAUGUCCCUGACAGUUACGUCCUCAACCAUCACUCUCUGGACGGUUACUUGUUCCUGCGCUUGUUGAAGAUGGCCGUCAUCACCUGUCUAGUUGGCUGCUGUAUCACUUUCCCGGUUCUGUUCCCGAUCAACAUCACAGGAGGUGGAGGCAAAUCGCAACUCGAUAUCCUUACUAUGGGUAACGUGACCAACAACUACUACAAGAUGUUUGCACACGCUGGUUGUGCCUACCUCUNNUUUUGUAUCUACUACAUCAACUUGCGCCAGGCCUAUCUGCUCUCGCCAUACUAUGCUAGUCGCCUCUCGUCCCGUACUGUUCUUUUCACAUCCGUGCCGGAUGAGUAUCUGAACGAAGCAAACCUACGCCGCAUGCUUGGAGAAUCCGUUGAAAGAGUUUGGAUCCCUACCGACACUGGAGAUCUUGAGGACGAAGUCAAGGAAAGAGACAAGACAGCACUCAAGCUCGAAGCCGCCGAAACUAAGCUGGUCAAGGCUGCAAACGCUGCCCGAUUGAAGGUCAACAAGAAGAAGGCCAAGAAGGACAAUGAAGAUAUCGCUCUGGAAGAACUAACACCCGACGUUGAAGGUGGUUCUGCAGCUUCUCGCUACGUCUCUGCGAAGGACAGACCUACACAUCGCCUCAAGCCCUUGAUCGGAAAGAAGGUGGACACUAUCGAUUGGUGCCGUGCGGAGCUGGAGAAGCGCAUUCCCAAGGUCGAGGAGAUGCAGAACAAGCACAAAGCUCUUGACGGCGUCAAGAAGAUCAAUGCAGUUNUUGUACAAUUCACCACUCUGCAGGAAGCACAAUCUGCUUACCAGAGCUUGACACAUCACCAGGUGCUUCACAUGGCUCCUCGUUAUACUGGAAUGACUCCAGGAGAAAUCAUCUGGAGCAACUUGCGCAUCAAAUGGUGGGAGCGAGUUCUAAGAACAACAGCGACCGUCUCCUUCGUUGUUGCCUUGAUCGUUUUCUGGUCGUUCCCAGUCGCUGCUGUCGGUUUCAUCUCUAACCUGGACAAUCUCAAGGACUGGUCCAGUGGCAGCCCUCCGACUACUUUCAAAGAAGGGUUCACCUGGUUGAACUGGCUCCUCGCUCUUCCACAAGUCAUUUUUGGAGUUGUGUCAGGUCUCUUGCCAACCGUCGCCCUGGCUAUCUUGAUGUCUGUACUUCCCAUCAUUUUGCGCUUGAUGGCCAGACUUGGUGGUGAUCCCUCUCUUUCUGCUGUAGAACUUACAGUUCAGAACACGUAUUUCGGCUUCCAAGUCGUACAGGUCUUCUUGGUCGCCACUCUCGGUUCUGCUGCAUCUUCAGCUCUUGGUUCAAUUCUUCCGAAUCACAUCAAUCAAAUUCCUACCCUAUUGGCUUCCANNAGCAUACCCAAGGCUUCAAAUUUCUACUUGUCGUACUUCGUACUUCAAGGCUUGGGUGUAGUGUCUGGAACAUUGCUUAACCUUACUGGCCUUGUCGUCUUCAUCAUCCUUGGAAAACUCUUGGACAACACACCUCGCAAGAUGUACAAGCGAUGGACGUCGUUGGCCAGCAUGAGCUGGGGCACUGUUUUCCCACCAUACACUAACCUCUUCGUGAUUGCAAUCUGUUACGCGAUCAUUGCUCCUCUGGUCCUCAUUUUCGCUGCCAUCGGCCUUUACCUGUUCUACCUGGCUUAUCGUUACAACCUCCUCUACGUCUCGAACGCCAACAUCGACACUAAAGGCCGUGUCUACCCUCGUGCUCUCCAGCAGGUUUUCGUGGGUCUUUACAUCGCCGAAUUCUGUCUGAUUGGUCUGUUCGCUAUCGCUACCGGAUCAUCCGUAGGAGCAUUGGGUCCUUUGAUCUUGAUGAUCAUCUUCUUGGUGUUCACAGCUUUAUAUCAUCUGUCUCUCAACGCUGCUCUUGAGCCUUUGAUCAACUAUCUGCCCAAGAGUCUAGAAGCUGAAGAGCGUCGCCUAUUGGAUGAGGAUGCAAAUGCUGAGAGGGGCGAGAAAGGCAUGGUUGCUGACACGAACACGGAGCUCGGCCCAUCGCCUCAUGGCAAACCUAGCUUCUUGAAGAAGUUCCUCCGUCCGGACAUUUACACAGACUACGCAACUAUGCGUCGCUUGGUCCCCAAGAUGAUCAAUAUCAGAUACGAACCUGAGGNNGAAGAACAGGAUGCCUACUUCAACCCGGCGGUUACUGCAGGACCGCAGCUUUUGUGGAUUCCGCGCGAUCCAAUGGGUGUCAGUAGGCAGGAAGUCAGAGAUACAAGCAAGGUGAUACCAAUCACGGAUGAAGGUGCCACUCUUGAUGAAAAGAACAAGAUUGUGUGGGAUGCUGAGGAUGGUCGUCCACCUAUUUGGGAGCGCCCAGUUUAUUACUAA